CGGAGGUCGUAACCGAAAUAAUAGAACGGGAGGCAGUUAGAUAUUUUUCUUAAUUUUUAUUUAUUUAUUUUUAAAUAACGGUAAUACUGAUUUCAGAUAAGGACAAAAAAAAAAAAAUAGUAAAUCCAAUUAAGAGGUCGGCUAUAAUGUUUCUAUAUAUACCUGAUCAUAUUUAUACUAAAAAAAGUGAGAUCGAAACUCAGCAAAAUUAAAAGAAUUUAUUAGCAGAAAUUACCCAACUCGAUCACAAGCUUUCUAUAAUGGCGGAUGAAGAAAUUGUUGUCACUGAACCCUCAAAUCAACACCCUCUACAACACAACUAUCUUCCUGGACCAAAAGGAGCGUACGUUUUGAAGAAGACCGAAGAUGGCAUUUACAUUCGUGUAGACAUGCCGGGAGCAAUACAAACAAGUGUUAACGUUGAUAAGGAUAAGGAUAAAGAUAAUACUCGUCAUGAGAUUCAUUUUGGAGGCGUCUCCAUGAAGAAAAUUGAUUUGCCUUUCGUGACUUUCGACAAAUCAAGUAGGUGUUAUAUUGGUACUAUUAAAGUUGAAUGUCAAGAUUUUGAGCAAGUGUUGGUCAAUCAUCAAGUCAACGAUGGUACCUGCUAAAUCUUCAUUAGUGGUGUUGAUAAUGCCUACCUCACUUUUCGUACUCCAAACAAUUCUGGGUUUUUUUUUUUUUUUUUUUUUUGUUGUUGUUGUUGUUGUUGUUGUUGAAAUUAUUAUUCUUUGAUUGAUGAAGGAUCUUCUAAACCAGCGAUUGUGAAUGAAAACCAUCUUAAUCCGGAUAGUGUUCGAAUUGGUAAUGAAUUACUUUCAUUUAUUAAGCAUAAUUCAAAUUUAUAAAUGUAUUUUUUUAAAAAAUUUUUUGAAGAUAAUUAUAUUUGUUGGAGUUAGUGCUUCAAAUUGUGGUUCCUAAUUUUUAGUGAUUCAUAGUCAUGCUUGUUAGUGGUCAAAUACUUGAUUAGUUAGUUUCUAUAA